GGGGUGGAGUGGAGGGGCUCUCCUCGCAUCCCUCAGCACGCGGACAGAGCUCGGAUGAACGCGACAGUUUACACGUUCACUUGCGUUUAUUCUCGGUCCAACUGCGACUUCGCGAGAACUGUGAACGACUUCAUGGAGAGAGGGCUGUUGAUGUGAUCAUUGAUGGGAUCCUACGGACUUGACUGAUAUUUUCUAAAUACUUCCAUGGAGCUCAUCCAGGCCACCCAGGUUUCCUUAGUGGCACAGGAGGAAACCACAACAGCCUGGAACAACAGCUCAGUCCUACUUUACUACCAUCCACUGUUGUCCACUAUUUCCUAUAUACCCCUUCCCAGCAUCAGCCAAGCUGAAGAAUCUUUCUCAUUUAACAGCAGCUGCCUGAACUCUACUAAUAGUAACCCCACAUCCCUCCCUGGCUUGGCAGGAAUUUUCAUUCCUCUCAUUUAUGGAAUAGUUUGUAUAGUUGGUUUAGUGGGAAACACACUGGUCAUCCACGUCAUAGUGAACUACACGAAGAACGAGUCAGUCACAAACAUCUACAUCCUCAACCUUGCCAUUGCAGAUGAACUUUUUAUGCUAGGAUUGCCCUUUUUGGCGGCGCAAAACGCUCUUCUCUCUUGGCCCUUCGGCUCACUGAUGUGCCGCGUUGUGAUGACGGUCGAUGCCUUCAACCAGUUCACCAGCAUAUUUUGUCUCACUGUGAUGUCAGUCGAUCGAUACUUGGCUGUUGUUCACCCCAUCCGAGCCUCCUGGUGGCGACGGCCCCAUGUGGCAAAGGCUAUUAGUGCUACAGUAUGGCUAGGGUCCUUUGUGGUGGUCCUGCCGGUGGUGGUCUUCGCAGAUGUGCUGAAGGACGAUGGAAACUGCAGCAUCGUGUGGCCUGAGCCAGCGGAAGUGUGGAAGACAUCUUUUAUUGUGUACACAUGCACUGUUGGAUUCUUCUGUCCUCUACUUGUCAUCUCUCUAUGCUACCUGCUGAUCAUCAUUAAGGUAAGGAAUGUUGGAAGGCGGACCCAGACCACAUCCUCCAGACGCAGAAGGUCGGAGCGGAAAAUCACCAGAAUGGUGGUCAUCGUCGUCGCGGUGUUUGUGUUCUGCUGGCUGCCGUUCUAUGCUCUCAACAUUCUGAACCUCCUCGUGGUCCUGCCUGGAGACUUCAGAGGGCUCUACUACUUCGUCGUUGUGCUUUCGUAUGCAAAUAGCUGUGCCAACCCCAUCCUGUAUGGUUUUCUGUCAGACAACUUCAAGAGAGGCUUCAGGAAGGCCUUGUGCCGCGCCUCACGCAAGGUGAAGAACAACGACAGGGCUGGCACCGAGGCCCAGCGACCGACAGAGGAAUGGGGCGGCAUCGUGCUCCUGCCGCAGAAGAGAAUCACUAAGACGAACAGGACAUGUUGCGGGGAAAACGAUGUACUGGAGCAGGUCGUUGGAGCGGAGGGGGGUUUGCAAAUGAGAGAACGAGGUAGAUUGCCACAUAAAGGGCAAAACUCCAAAGCAGAAGAAGAUACUAAAGCCCAUGUUACGGAAAAGGCUACCCCUGAACCGACUCCAGGUCUUGAUGCUCUUGAGGUAGCUCACUCCAAAGCCAAUAAAAGUAGAAACAGGAACUCACAAAAUGAGAAAGUCCUGGACAAAAACUCUGUGCUUGAUAUCAGCUAUCUGUAAGAGUUGACGGCAGAUUCUGCCAUUGAUGAUUCUUUUAAGUCUGCGAUAUGAGUUUGUGUAAGAAAUGAUCUGUCUUGAUGCAAAUGUUUUUAAAAUUUGGUGCACUUAACUUUGGAAACGAUAAAGGUUGGACAAAAGUGAGGGUAUCAAUUUGUGCUUGGACCUUAGAGCAUUAGUGAAAAUUGCAUUUAUUUUAGUAACUCAGUUUACUAAGGGAAACACAUAGAUUAAUGCAGACUGAUGAUGUUUUAAAGCCUGCAUUUCUAGUGAUUAUUUUUUUUCCCCCAACUCCAGCAAAUAAAAACACA